AUUACUGUGUGUGGGACGACGACGGCAAUGAAGGCAUAUGAAAAUACAUACAUACAUAUGUACAUACAUUUGUAGAUAUAGUAAUGUCGACCGCGUUUGUGAUGACAGCGUCGGGCUGCUUUGACAACGAUGUGAUUUUGGAAGCAAUGUUGACUUUGAAAUAAUUAGUCGGAGAAAGAACGCAGACAGUACAGGAGGUUCUUAUCAAGCGAAAAGAUUUGUUAUUAAGAAGUUAAGAAAAAUAGGAAGUUAAAGUCGAAAUGAGUUCCCACGGAGUUGACGAAGAUCUUACACCUGAGCAAAUUGCUGUUUUGCAAAAAGCUUUCAAUAGUUUUGAUAAUCAAAAAAGUGGCAGUAUUCCAACCGAAAUGGUGGCCGAUAUUUUGCGUUUGAUGGGUCAACCUUUUGAUAAGAAAAUCCUCGAAGAACUUAUUGAAGAAGUUGAUGAAGACAAAUCCGGCCGUUUAGAAUUUGGCGAAUUUGUACAGUUGGCUGCCAAAUUCAUUGUUGAAGAAGACGCCGAAGCUAUGCAAAAGGAAUUGCGUGAAGCUUUCCGUUUGUAUGACAAACAAGGUAAUGGUUAUAUUCCUACAACAUGUCUCAAGGAAAUCCUUAAAGAAUUAGAUGAUCAAUUAACUGAACAUGAGUUGGACAUUAUGAUUGAAGAAAUUGAUUCAGAUGGUUCUGGAACUGUUGAUUUUGAUGAAUUUAUGGAAAUGAUGACAGGCGAAUAAUAGAAAAAUCUAAAAAUAUUAUCAUCCCUACCUGUGUGUGCCUAAUUAAUUUUUAAAAUAUACAUAUGCUUGUUAGCAACAGUUGGCAUUUUUUAAUUCAAAAUUAAAACUUAUGGUCCUGUCUAUUUUCGGAUUUUAAACACACCAACAAUUUAUCAACUUUUAUAACGAAAACAAAAUAAACCAACACAAAAUUACAUCUUUGGUAAUAAAACUUAGUUCUGUUUUAUAUAUACAUACAUACAAUAUUUAUAUAAAAUUUUUAUAAUAAAUAUUACAUUAAAUAAGAAAUACUUCACUAGAUUCAUUAAAUAUUUUAUACAUUUUUAUAUCGCUCAUUUACAAAUUCUGCUAUCUUGAACAUAAGGUUACAAAAGUCUUUCAUAUAAAUAAAUUUAUCAAAUUUCAAA